UUAUUACGACACACGGUUUGACGGACGUGUGCAUUGACCAUAAACAAAAAAAAAUUAAAAAAAAGUAAAUAGCGCGCGUUCUGUGUUCGAAUUUUUUUUAUUUGAAAAUGAACUCUAAUAUGGCGGUAAAUGGAAUUGUUGUGUGUUUUUUAUUGUAUUUUUUAAAUACGGCCGUGGCAUUAGAUCGUAGUUUGGGAGGAUUUAAAGAGGUUUAUGCUUGGAAGCAAAUGACCUAUGAUAUUAAUGGAAUUGAAGUACUACACGACCGCUUUGCUGGUAUUGAUGAGACUGAACGCGUCAAAAGACAGACAGAUGCUGUUUACUUCCAAAAUGACGAUGAUGAAGAAAUCAAACGACCUGCACCUUCAAGGCCAAAUGAAGAUGAAUCUGGAAGGUUUUUCAUACAAUACAAUAAUUUGCCGAUGGGGGCAGAGAAAGUUGGCAAUCGACUGUUUAUUGCAUUACCAAGACGAAAUUAUGGUAUCCCCGCAACACUAAACUACAUAGAUCUAAACACACAGACAGAACGGUCGCCAUCUUUAAGGCCGUAUCCAGAUGUGUUCCGUUCUAGAUCUCUUAUAUCCGUGUAUAGAACAAGAGCAGACACUUGUAAUAGACUGUGGAUGGUAGAUACGGGGCUUUUGGAGUUGUCAGUAAUAAGCAAUCGUCGUCAAUUACAACCGCCGGGUAUAGUUAUCUUCGAUUUGAAUACAAAUCAACAAAUAUUAAGAUACACAUUAAAAGAUUCAGAUGUCCCUUCUGCUACUACGCCAGCAGGUCUGGCAUCCAUAACAGUAGAUAUAACUGGUAACUGCGAUGACGCAUAUGCUUAUAUCCCGGAUUUGUCUACGUAUGGUAUUAUUGUGUAUUCCUUGAAAGAUAACGACAGUUGGAGAUUACAGCAUAAUUAUUUUAGCUAUAACCCUGUGGCUGGGAAUAUAAGAGUCGCAGGUGAAUACUUUCAAUGGAGUGACGGUAUAUUCAGUAUAACUUUAUCUCCCCCCACUCCUGACACUUGUAGGAAAGCCUAUUUCCACCCCCUCGUUAGUACGGAAGAAUUUGCAGUAUCUACUUGUGUUUUGAAAAAUAAAACUGCAAGUACUAAUAGAUACUUUUUUGAUAAAUUCUCGUACCUCGGCGACCGCGGACAAAACAGUCAAUGUACAAUGCAUGAUUAUCAUGAAAGAACAGGUGUUAUAUUCUUCGCUGAUAUCGGUAGAGAUGGUAUAUCCUGUUGGAACACUGUGAAACCCCUUUCAGCGAAUACUGUCAGUGUUUUGGCUCAACAUGACGAUUUAUUGAGCUAUCCCGCUGACCUUCACGUGACCGGCGACGAAGUGUGGGUGAUAACUAACAGGCUACCGCGUUUCGGAUAUUCCAGGCUGAACACAGACGAAUAUAACUUCUUUAUUUAUAAGGGCCAUGUACAAAGAUUAAUUUAUGGAACACCAUGUGCUGUCUAUUAAUUCAUAAGUUUAUAUACGACGAAUAUAUUACACUCUAAAAACUGUGUUUCGAGUAUGUAUGAAACUUCCCUUUUAUAAUAAAAAUAAUGCAAUAUUCAUGACCUUUU